AUGGGGCGGGGGCGAGCCUUGGGGUUGGAACGUUGGAGGUUGAUUGGGGCAGGACGUAUCUUGGGGCGACGCAGAAGACGAGUUUUGAGAACCCCGACGGCCAACAAAAUUACCUCAGCGAUUCCGCCAACACUUCUCAAUCAUGCGUAG